GUGCGACUGUGGGGCCGGGGUCUGCGGGGCGCGGGCCGCGGCGGGCGGCGGCAUGGAGGAGCUGAGCAGCGUGGGCGAGCAGGUCUUCGCCGCCGAGUGCAUUCUGAGCAAGCGGCUCCGCAAGGGCAAGCUGGAGUACCUGGUCAAGUGGCGCGGCUGGUCCUCCAAACACAACAGCUGGGAGCCAGAAGAGAACAUCUUGGACCCAAGGCUGCUCCUAGCCUUCCAGAAGAAGGAACAUGAGAAGGAGGUCCAGAACCGGAAGAGAGGCAAGAGGCCCAGGGGCAGGCCGAGGAAACACACCGUCAUGUCUUCCUGCAGCCGGCGCUCUAAGCUCAAGGAACCAGAUGCCCCCUCCAAGUCCAAAUCCAGCAGUUCCUCCUCAUCCUCCUCCUCAUCAUCAUCAUCCUCCUCCUCAGAUGAAGAAGAAGAUGACAGUGACCUAGACUCCAAGAGGGGCCCCCGGGGCCGUGAAACCCACCCAGUGCCUCAGAAGAAAGCCCAGAUCCUGGUGGCCAAGCCCGAACUGAAAGACCCCAUCCGCAAGAAACGGGGACGCAAGCCCCUGCCCCCGGAACAGAAGGCGGCGCGGAGACCCGUAAGCCUGGCCAAGGUGCUGAAGACCGCCAGGAAGGACCUGGGGACCUCAGCCAGCAAGCUGCCGCCUCCACUCAGUGCUCCCGUGGCAGGCUUGGCGGCCCUGAAAGCCCACACCAAAGAGAUCUGCGGCGGCUCCAGUGCCAUGGCGACCCCGGAGAACCUGGCCAGUCUGAUGAAAGGCAUGGCCGGGGGCCCCAACCGUGGUGGCAUCAGCUGGCAGAGCUCCAUCGUACACUACAUGAACCGGGUGAGCCAGGGUCAGGCUCAGACUGCCAGCCGCCUGGCGCUCAAGGCCCAGGCCGCCAACAAGUGCAGCCUCGGGCUGGACCUGAAAGUGAGGACACAGAAGGGGGACCUAGGGGUGAGCCCUCCAGGAAGCAAGGCCCUGAAGGCCCCCGGAGCACCAGAGCAGCAGAAAGGGAACAACAGUUCAGGGGGCCCGGGUUCCCAGCUGGCCCCGACUCAGGAACUGAGCCUUCAGGUCCUGGACUUACAGAGCGUCAAGAACGGCGUGCCUGGUAUGGGCCUGCUCGCUCGCCACACCACGGCCACCAAGGCCGUCCCUGCCACCAACCCAGCCACAGGGAAAGGCUCUGGGGGCAGCCCCACAGGAGUCAACACGGCCAGCACACCCACAGACACCAGCAAAGGCGAAAAAGUGGCCUCCAAGGCUACAGCUCUGCCCACCCCUUCUGUCAAGAGGGACAGUGUUAAGUGCAUUGCUGCCCCCAGUGGACAGGAGGGCCACACGGUCCCCGGAGAAGGCCGCAAGGCACCUGCGCUGUCUGAGGUGAGCACGGGAGAGGAGAAUAGCAGUUCGGACUCGGACCCGGAUGCAGCCUCACUCCCUAGUGCUGGCCAGAACCUGUCGGUAUCUGUCCAGACCAAUCAGGACUGGAAACCUACCCGCAGUCUCAUAGAGCAUGUGUUUGUCACGGACGUCACAGCCAACCUCAUCACUGUCACAGUGAAGGAAUCCCCCACCAGCGUGGGGUUCUUCAACUUGAGGCAUUACUGAGGCCAUUGCCCAAGUCUGACCUGCCUUCCGGUCUCUGGUUUUGCUUUGAUGCCUGACCUGGGGGCCAGCUCUGCCCUAUCUUGAGACUUGGGGUCGGGAACUGGCUUCUCUGGUGAUUUCUACCUCUCUGGGCCUCCGCUCUGCUCUGUCCUGCCCCCUCAGGAAAUCAGGUUGGCCUCUGCCUGCUUGAACAAGCACUCUUCAGAUCAUGUCCCUCUUUGGCCUAGUGAGACCCUCCCCUACCUUAUUAGCCCAUCUAUUGUGAGGCGGAUCUGGGGAGGGGCAUCUGAUACAGCUCCCUCCCCAACCCUGGGGAGAGGGACAGCCAGGCUGGACCUUCUCCCAAGCCCAGCAAUGACAGGGCCUUUGCGGUGACGUGGGGGUUCUGUCCUUGGCAGGUGAGGCUGUGGCCUCGUUAUAAAAGGAUAAGUCAUUGUGAAGUUGGGUUUAGGGACCCUGCAGAACCCUGCGUGUAACUCUUUGGAGUGUCUGUCCCUGGUGCUGUGUCAUCUCUGGCCACAACUGUGGCCCCAGAGUCCAGGCAGGGGCUCAUCCCCACAGUCAGAUGUACCUCCGUGCUACUGUGUUUGGGAACAGAGGAGUCUGAUGUUACUGCCACCUUCCUGCAAGUGGGCCCAAGCCCCAGUGUGAAGUGACCCUUUGCUGUUCUGGAUCCAGGCCUGCACCCCUGCUUAGGCCCACUAGAGUGCGCCCUAGUUCCGAGGGCUGAAACCCAGAGAACGUGAGUUUGGAGUACUGGGCUGUCAAUCUUCCCCACUGGUUGGAUGCGUCAGUCCCCCAAGUAGCUCCAGUGCAGGAAUGCAGCUUGCAGCUGCUUCAUGCAGGCCUGCCCCCCUGCUGCCUGUCUAGCCUGGGCAUCUCUAGACGGUCAUGCAAGCUUUCUUUGUGGUGGAUUCUGGUGCAGAGAAGAGCGCCGCCUGUUUGAGUGGGCCGUGCUUGAGAACCAUUUUCCCUGACAAUCCUCUCCCAUGUUUGGGAGCCUGUGUCUCCUUCCUGAGGAGCAGUGUCCCUGUGCCAUUUGUGUGGUGGGACGGCUUGUCCGCCCACCUGACAGGAGCACCCUGAUUCCUCCCCCAUCCUCAGGAGAUGAUCCCAAUUCUGAGCCCCUUCCUAGAUGCCUUCUCCCUGUCCCCCAUCCCAGGUAGCUAUCUUAAAACUACCUUGUCAGAUUGCUGGCCAAGAUCAGGAUCCCUGUCCUGGAAUAUCACUUUGGGGCCGUGACAAUCUGGUCAGAGUCUGUGAUGCCAAAAAAUGGGGGUGGUAUGAAACCCUUGUUUCUACUUCUGCCAUUGACUGGUCAGCCGGCCGGUAUGGGCUCUUUAUUCCUGUUGCCUUGAAUGGAAGAGUCCCCUUCCUAAACCAACCCAGACAGUGAGUGGGCUGUGUGUGGUGCCUGGGACCUGCCACACUUUCAAAGAGCCGCCCGCCCCGCCGCACAGAAGCUCACCCUGCACACCAAAUAAGAGAUGGUCUUUGUGUAACCAAAUCGACCUCAACACUGUGCCUUUUGGGACAGACCCAUAUCCAUGGCUCCUGAAAGAGGCCCGUGAUGUGUAACCUCUGCGUCCAGCACCAAGGGGCCAUCCAAGAAGAAGGUAGCUAGGGGGAAGAGUUGCCUACUGGGUCAUUAGCCUCCCCUCCUGUCCUCAGCCAGGGUCCUUUGCUGCCUCACCCAAGGUCUGAAGCUUCUUUUGUACCAGACACUGCCUUACAGGUACCUCCAUGUCUUUGGGGGUCCCAUGAGCUAUUGGAGAAGUGACCAUGUUUGGGGAUCUAGGUUGGCUGGCUUUGUUCCCUGCUGCCAGGUCUGCAAACCCCCAUUUGGUGCCUUUUAUUGUUACCAGUUAUUUCAGUCCCAAAGUUGAAAUCUACAAAUAACCUUCCCCCCGGCCACUUUGCCUUGUGUGUUUUUCCUGGUGCUGUGACCCCAGCGGUCCAUGUUACAAAGCAUAUGUGUGUAGCGUGCCCACAUGAGAUCCCACUGGAGAGGCACACCACAUGUUCCGAGUUGAGUUCUCGUGUUUACCAAUAAAUAAAAGUAGUUGCUUUGUA